GGGUACCUUAGUAGUCUGUGAACCAAUGAGAGUGGGGAGAACAACAGAGUAGAGAGAGGGAUAUGGUAGGAGAGGCAUAAGUACACUAACUUCACAGGGAAGCAGUUGGAUGAAUGAGCACAAAGAAUGUGAGUGAUUUGAAUGUAUACAACCUAUCCUAAAUGUAAAUAAAAAGUUCCAGCACAUUGAGGAAUAACAUGUUAUAUGUGAUAUAUUGUGAAACAAUAUGUUAUAUUGUUUCUACUGUGACGGAAUCUGUUGGAGGUCAACAUUUUAUUUAGUGUCUAAUGAACUCUGAACCUGAGGAAAUACCUGAAGAGGUGCCGAGUAGGGAACACUUGUAGAGGAUAUAGACUACUGAAGCCUUAUCUUCAAUACUUCUUCAGCAACGUAUUUUCUGUGUAACUACCAUUUUUUGUUUUGUUUAUUCAGUUCCCCAAGACUGAAUAAGUAAAAAGGGCACAGUUCCAAGUAUGAAAUAUUCAUGUACUUCUUAAGCUCCUCUUGAGGAAGAGUUCUCCCCAUGUUUCUGAGUAGGAUGUGACCAAUUUCUGUCAACAGUUUCAACUGUUAUUGAUGCAUCUAACAACAUACAGAGUAGAGAACCAGUUCUGUCACUGCUGCAGGGCAUGUCAGCCUGGCCCUAGUUUAGUGGUGUCUGACUGGCCCUGUGGUGAUCCCUUACCAUGCAGUCCUCUGUGCCGGAGCAGGACGACUCCUUUGACUUCCUUUUUAAGAUUGUCCUGGUGGGAGACUCAGACGUGGGGAAGACCUGUGUGGUCCAGAGAUUUAAGUCUGGUGUCUUCAUGGAGAAACAGCAGAACACUAUCGGAGUGGAUUUCACCGUCAGAACCAUGCUCAUCAAUGGCAGGAAUGUCAAGCUGCAGGUGUGGGACACAGCUGGACAGGAACGUUUCCGCUCAAUCACCCAGAGUUAUUACCGCAGUGCCCACGGCGCCAUAGUGGCCUACGAUAUCACACGCCGGCCAACCUUUGACUCUUUGACACACUGGAUCCAGGAAGUGGAACAAGACGGGGCUGCAAGCAUUGUGCUCAUCCUCAUUGGAAACAAGUCAGACCGGCAGGCGGAGAGACAGGUGCUGUUUGAGGAUGCCUGUACCCUGGCUGAGGGGCGGGGUGCGCUGGCCGCCCUGGAGACCUCUGCGAAGGAGGCCCAGAAUGUGGAGGCAGCCUUCAUGCUCAUGGCCCGGGAGCUGAUGGUGAGGAACGGCCUCGCGCUCACAGACCAACACUCAAAGGCCUCCCCACACUUCUUCCCAAACUCCCAUCCAAUCCAUGGCGCCGAUCCUACAAACAGGGAGUCAUGUUGUUGAGAGAAUUGACAGGAAGCGUGGGAGAGGGUUUGUGGUGCUGAUAACUUGGAAUCAACAUCGCCUACAGUCCCUUGUAGAUGUAAAGCCACAAAGCCCACUCGUUUUUGACUGCUUACUUUUACAGGUGCUGUCAAGAAGUGUGCUUCGGGAUAGGGGAUGAGUGUACUAUAUUGUGUGGAUGUGAUAUGAGUACUCUACUGAUAAUGGCGACUAUCACUGCCACUGAGUUUUCCAGUAGUUUAAACAUGGCUGCCAGUAGUCAAACACUUGUUACCAGUAUUUAAUGUUAAGUAUCCCUUGCCACCUGUGGUUUAUUGUAUAUGGGGGGGAAUUAUGUAUUCACCUUAUGCUGAGUGUUAUGGUGUCCACUCUAGCUUCCCGGAGAUAAAGCCUACAGCUGGCCUUCCAGGGACAGGAUGUGGGGAGGUUGUAACUGUUAGGAGUAGAAUAAAGGCCUCAAUGGUUCUUAAACAUCCUGGCCUGGGAAAUUAGGCCAGGGUCAGGGGGUUAAGAUAACGCCAGCAGAAAAUAAAGACAGGAUGAGCCCAAAGUGGCUCAUGGUCCCCCCCCCCCAAAUAUAGUGGAGGGGUGGAACCAAGCGUUCUGGGUAUUAGCUAUAUGAACUGCAUUGUCUGUAUGAUUCAGCCUAACAGUCUCAUUAUUGCAAUAAUUAAUCCAUAUUAAAUAAAGAUGAUUGUUUGAAGAAAUUA